AUGGACAACACAUUUGAUACAGCACUCCUUUCGCUCUUAUCUUCAAAUGUCCAAUGGGCAGACCAAGUAAAAGCGAAGGAUCCCGAUUUCUUUGUUAAUUCCGCAAAAGCCCAAACGCCAAAAAUAUUAUGGCUUGGAUGUGCGGAUUCGCGUGUACCAGAGAGUGUUGUCACUGCCUCUGCGCCGGGAGACAUUUUCGUGCAUCGUAACAUCGCAAACCAGUUCCAUUCAGAUGAUGCCUCAGCCCUGUCCGUCCUUCAGUUUGCAGUUGAAAGCGUCGGCGUCCAGCACGCCUGCUAUGACCUCGCCCACUCUCAAUCCGCUACACCGCCACCAAUUCUAACCACACACCUGGGUAGAUGGCUUUCUCCCCUCGUCUCCCUCGCGGGGGAACUAGGGCCAUUAGAAGAUAGAAGCAAAGCCGUGUUAAGGCUCAUAGAGAAGAACGUAAAAAUGCAGGUGCAGACAAUUUGUGAGACCGAGACGAUCAGGAAGGCCUGGAGCAAUGGAAAGAAUGUUCGAGUUCAUGGCUGGAUCUAUGCUCUUGAGACAGGAAUUUUGCGAGAUCUCGACAUCUCCCAAGGUCUAGAGAGGGCAAUCUGA